GAAGAUAUCCCAUCCGUUCAUCAUGGUUCUACGAGUUCUAGAUAACGAUAACUCACUCUUUACUCCCGAGUUCGAUGGGCUCGUACAAGGACAGCUGGAGAAGUGGAAAGUACCGGGGAUGGCAAUCGCCGUGAUCCAUGGCUCAAGCACCCAUUCUAAGGUACUACCGUUUUAGCCAACGAGAUACUCCUGGACAGUUGAAUGAAUAUAUCGUUAGGCAUACGGGAUCGCAGAGUUUCCCGAUAAGAAAAUGACCACCGACUCUCUCUUCACCGCUUGUAGUACCACCAAAGCCUUCACAGCUGCUGCCGUAUCUCUUGCGAUUGAUGAUAGCAAAACGACCGAUUCUCCUCUUCACUGGGAUACUCCCAUUUCUUCACUUAUCAGAGACGACUUUGUCCUGGCUGACAGCCAUGCCACGGCAAAUACUACUCUGGAGGAUGCCCUGUCACACCGGACUGGCUUACCGGGUCAUGAGACUGCAAUGGCGCUGGCGUAUCCUAACGAGACGCUGCGUGAGGCUAUGCGAAGACUGAGACAUCUUCCUCUCACCUAUGCCCCUCGAACUACCUUUGACUACUGUAAUCACAUGUACAUGGCGGUCUCCCAUGCGUUGGAGCAGAUGGCCGGUGAGGACCUAGGUGCGAUCCUUAAGGGGCGCAUCUGGAGUCCACUUGAUAUGCAAGACACAUAUUUCUCUGUCAAGGAGGUCAAGGAUUGUCCGUCAACCCGUUCACGGCUGGUUCAAGGCUACACGUGGGUCCCAGAGAUGAACGAAUAUGCCGCUGAAGCGCACAUGGAUUAUGCGCCUACGACAGGCACUGGCGCCAUUGUCAGCAACGUUCUGGAUUACACGAAAUGGUUGAGGGCAUUGGUGUAUCAGACAGGUCCCAUAUCACCUGAGGGUUAUGCAGAACUCCUCCGCCCACGUACAAUCAUCUCCAACUGGGAUCAUCUUAUGGUCCCGCCUUCCCCGGUCCACCUGUACGCUCUGGGAUGGUUUGUGGACAACUACCGUGGCGAGCAAUUAUACUGGCACAGUGGAAGCUGGCCCGGUUUUGGGAUAAUGGUGGGAUUUAUUCCCAGCAGACAGUUCGGGUUUGUCAUGAUGGGAAACACGGUGAAUGCCAGAAACGCGCAGCUGGAGCUCUAUUUGUAUCUCAUUGAUAAAUUGCCCGGAGUUCCCGGUGCGCAGCGCACCGGACAUAUCGCGAAGAUGACCCAGCGGGUAGAAGAGAAGGAAAAAACGAGCUCUGAGAGCAUGGAAGAGGCAAAGAAGCGGUUAUAUCCUUCGCUUCCUGAGCGUCCGAUUUCCCAUUUACUACCAUUGGAUCGAUAUGCGGGAACCUACAGGCAUGCGGGAUACGGUUCUAUCCCGCUGACUCUCAAAGGCGGGCAAUUGCAUUCGGACCUGACAGACCGAGUAAUCCGCAUGCAUCUGACACUGGCGCAUGCGAGUGGAGAGUUUUUUGUCGCUAGGGCUUAUCCCCCUGGAAGGCGACGCUCUGGUUCUGAAUACUUUCGAGUGGAAUUCCAUGUCGACUCAUCCGGGACUCCGCAGAAGCUUGGAAUGGAACUGGAGCGGGGACUCGGUGGUGAGAAGAUUUGGUUUACCCGCACGUAGGCUCGAAGGUUACUUGUCUAUGUUUCUUCCAUCGUAUGGGAUAUAGAAAUCCAUCAGUAUGGAUAUCUAAGAACCUUGGAAUGGAAACCUACUUACCAAUUAUGGACUAGUCUCAUGUGGAUUUUAUUAGCUCUCUGAUUGGCCUCUUUAUACAUGCUCUAGUUUAAAUAUGGUAUAGUCUCUAUUGCAGCCUCAGGCAAUGAACGUGUCCGGUUAUUUUGCACUUCAACGUUCUUUGCUGCAGCACGAUAUCUCAAGCGGGCGAAGCAUAAGCAGUUCGGUUGUUUUGGGGAAGCUAUGCGCAGUGCAUGAUGGAGGUCAUGUCUGUUGACUGAGAUACAUUAGGGCUUGUC